AUGGCCUCAACCCUACCACUGCAGCAGUCCAGCGGCGGGCUUAUUACCGGCAAGGAGAACCACAUCGGAUACGGCAAGACGGCAGUGGGCGGCCUCAUAGCCGAGACUACAGAGCCCAUCGGGAGGAUCAAGCCGGAGCAGGUGCCCAACAAGCAUAUGCUCGUGCUGUAG